UGUGGCUUCCUGUGUGAGCCGUUCGACUUGCUCUGUCUGCAGCGAGUCUCCGAUAUGGACGCAAGCUCCACGGCUCAACUUUUUACAGGAGAUUAUACUGCUGUUACUUUACAUCUGUCACGGCUUGAAUCAGUUGGAAAUGGAUUUCUGAACGGAAUAAGCCGAAGCUGAGCCCGACUUGAGUUAAAUCUGCCGUUUGAAAUCGUUUACUUGUGUUGUUUGAGUUGUUGAGGGAAGAGGAGAAAAUGCCAGUUGCAACUCUUCUGCCUUUUACCGCGACCCCGAAUAGGAAGUCUGCCAGCCCGACUUCUUUCAGGUUGACAGAGAAAUUUAUUUUGUUAUUAGUGUUCAGCGCUUUUAUAACCCUCUGUUUCGGGGCAAUUUUCUUCCUGCCGGACUCGUCCAAGCUGCUCAGCGGAGUUUUCUUUCAUUCCUCCCCGGUCGAGACGAACACCCGCACCGGUCCGGACAUCAGCGACUCGGGUUCGGCUGGAAACGACGACAGACUCCUGGCCAAAAUCAAGAAAGACCACGAAAAGGCUCUGUUAGAGGCUAAGGAUACUCUACAAAAACUUCCCGACGUGAUAAAAAAUGACAUUCUAGACGAGAAAGCUAGAGUAAAGGAGAGUAUGGGUAAAGGUGGGAAGGAUAGCAAUAAUUUACCUUUCAUAGAGUACCACCGCCCACUGGGGGCGACAGGACACGAACCCCAGGACCCCGAAACCAGGGAGAGACGGGAUAAAAUCAAAGAGAUGAUGAAGCACGCGUGGGACAGCUACAAGCGCUACGCCUGGGGUUCCAAUGAGCUCAGGCCUGUCUCCAAGCAAGGCCACUCUAGCAAUCUAUUUGGGAGUAUAAAAGGAGCGACAAUAGUGGAUGCUCUGGAUACUCUCUAUAUCAUGGAGAUGUUUGAAGAGUUUGAUGCUGCUACUGACUGGGUGGAGAAGAGCCUUGACUUCAACGUGAAUGCAGAAGUGUCGGUGUUUGAGGUGAACAUCAGGUUUGUCGGAGGUCUGCUGUCAGCCUACUACCUGUCUGGAAAAGAGGUGUUUCGUAGAAAGGCAGUCGAGUUGGGCGAGAAGCUGCUGCCUGCAUUCAAAACGCCCACCGGGAUCCCCUGGGCUCUGCUUAACCUCAAGAGUGGUAUAGGUAGGAACUGGCCGUGGGCAUCAGGUGGUAGCAGCAUCCUGGCGGAGUAUGGCACCCUGCAUCUGGAGUUCAUGCACCUCAGCAGACUCUCAGGAAAUCCAGAGUUUGCUCAGAAGGUAAUGAACAUCCGAAAAGUACUCAAUCGCCUGGAAAAACCCCAGGGGCUGUACCCCAACUACCUGAACCCCAACAGCGGACAGUGGGGCCAACAUCACGUGUCUGUGGGUGGCCUGGGCGACAGUUUCUAUGAGUACCUGCUCAAGGCCUGGCUGAUGUCUGACAAGACCGAUGAGGAAGGCAAGAAGAUGUACUACGAUGCCUUGCAGGCAAUAGAAACCAACCUGAUGAGGAAGUCGAGCAGUGGGCUGACCUACAUAGCGGAGUGGAAGGGGGGGCUGCUGGAGCAUAAGAUGGGUCACCUGACCUGUUUUGCAGGCGGCAUGAUCGCUCUGGGUGCUGAUGGGGCGCCCGGCGACAAGACGGGCCACCAGAUGGAGCAGGCAGCAGAGAUCGCUCGUACCUGUCACGAGUCUUACGCCAGGACAACUUUGAAACUCGGGCCAGAGGCAUUUCGUUUUGAUGGCGGCGUUGAGGCCAUCGCUACCCGCCAGAACGAAAAGUAUUUCAUCCUCCGUCCGGAGGUCAUCGAGACCUACAUGUACAUGUGGAGAUUUACCCACGACCCCAAAUACAGAGAAUGGGGCUGGGAGGCUGUGCAGGCCUUGGAGCAGCACUGCAGAGUCGAAGGAGGCUACAGCGGCGUCAGAGACGUCUACGCUUCAUCUCCGAACUACGAUGACGUGCAGCAAAGCUUCUACUUGGCCGAGACGCUCAAGUAUCUGUACCUGCUCUUUUCUGACGACGACCACCUACCGUUUGAACACUGGGUCUUCAACACCGAGGCUCACCCUCUGCCCGUCAUGAGGAAGGAUAAAACAGACAGACCCAACGAGGUGGAGUAAGGGACCCGCCUCCAACGACCCCCCCCAGAAACAUGCGUGAGAACCUCUGAUCCUGUAUAUCUGAGCCUCCAGCUGUCUGUCCGUCUGUCUGAAACUGUUGAGCCACUUGGAGCCCCGAGUGGUUGCAGAUCAGACUUCACCUGAUGUUGUUGUUGGGAUAAAAACAGAACCCACUCAUGUUGGAGUCGAGGUCUGACUGGAGACUCCCAUUUUUGUUUGUUUUUUCUUUCCCUUGAUUUAUUUUUUUUUUAAUUUUUUUUUUAUUUAUUUGCUUCUUCUUCCUCUCUGGUUGAGUCCAAAGGCUGACCCAAAGCAACAUAUUUAUUGCUGAGUAACAUGAUAGCUCAUCAAAAUGUAGACGUGUCGAGAUCUUUUCACGUUAAAAAAAAUAUCAUUUCUUUCACUUUUAACUUUGACUUCUUUCAUUUUUCUGUUCAUUCAGAGGGACAGUUUGACCAGCUAUCACUUUAUUCAUCAGUUUAAUUGUUGUUAGUAGCCGUUUUGUUGAGGAGGAGGACUCUGACAGUCAUGCACCACUGAUACGAACACCAUGGACCCCAAGUGCUGUGGGCACCACACCCAGAAAAAGCUCCCAACCGAGGAUCACACGGCUGACUGGCCGAGCGAACGGACUCUCGGUUCCCCUCACAUGCGUCGUCUUUUACCUGCUGCUCUACCGCGUCAACAUCUGAGUACGAACUAGGAGCCGGAUUUUCCCGCACCGGUGCCGCCGCCACCGCUCGAUUUUCACAGUGUCGUCAGAGAAAUGCUGCUUUUUUAAAACACACACGACGGAAAGACGCAGCACAAACUGAGCCUCUUUUUAUAAACCCGCAGACCUUUUAGACCUCUGCUUCCUCCACCGCAUCCUCCUUCCUUCCUUUCUCUGAGUUGGAUGUGACACGUGACGACCAGCCACACCAACUCAACACCUGCCAGUAACUCCACUUUGUCCCCACAAUGUUUACACAAAGCUAUCCUCCUCAUUCUCCUGCUGCGGUUAUCUGUAUCUUUGGCCUGUUUUUAGCUUUGUUUCUCUUUCUCACAUGUGCACUGGGGUUCGACCAGCACAGGGAUUUUAAAGCUGAAUCCAAAUCUGUUUUACAGUUUUCUUCAUUUACUUUUUUUUCUUUGUUAGGAGGGAGCAAGCUCACAGCCUAUGAUUACAGGGUUUUAAACACUGAAAAGAGCAUGGACCAAAAAAAAAAGAAAAAGAAAAAAAAAAGCAACAUUUGCCUCAGUCUGAUGGAGUGUUCAACCACUUUUCACAGUCUUACUCCAAAGAUGAAGUCUGCUUGACUGUAAUGGA